ACCAACUAAGCAACUAGUACCGUAAAUAAAGGAAAAACAAUGGAGUCCUCCGAGGCGAGCUGGCACUGGCACUCGUUUGAUCCGUCAGUCGCCGUGGAGGACUCCGAGGCAAUGGUCCAGCUGCUCGGCGUGCAGUACUCUGGCAACGAGCAGAAGCAGACAACGCCGACGGCCAUGUCCUGGCCUGGCCAAGAAGCUGACCAGUACUACAGCUCGACGGCGUGCCCGUACUACAUGCAGACGCAGCAACCCAACCCCGGCGCAAGCUUCUACGACCAUGGUUACUACGGCAGCAACACGUUCACGAUGACCGGCGACUUCUUCGUGCCGGAGGAGCAGAUGCUUGAUCUGAACCUCGACUUUGAGUACCAGGGCGGCGAGGGGACCUGCUACGGCCGCGGCGGUGGCAACACGCCGGCGGUGUGCAAGAGGAAGCUGGAGAAUCAGAAGGACGAGAGCGCCACGUGCACCGUUCCAAAGAAGAAAUCUCGAUCUGCCGCAGUACCGCAAGCACAGAAGAAGCGCAAGACGGCGCAGAAAGGCGCGUGCAGCCGAGGAAACCAGGAGGAGAGCUACGGCGACGACGGCGGCAACGCUAAACAACAGCAGCAGUGCUCUAACGACUACCUGUCUGACGACGACGACUCGCUGGAGAUGAUUGCGUGCGGCAAUGUGAGCUCGGCAUCCAAGAAGUCGUCGUCGUCGGCAUGUGGGAAGGCCAGGGCCGGACGUGGGGCCACCACCGAUCCGCAAAGCCUCUACGCCAGGAAAAGGAGAGAGCGGAUCAAUGAGCGUCUGAAAGUAUUGCAGAAUCUUGUCCCGAAUGGAACCAAGGUAGAUAUUAGCACGAUGCUCGAAGAAGCAGUCCAAUACGUCAAGUUCUUGCAGCUCCAGAUCAAGCUGUUGAGCUCGGAUGAUAUGUGGAUGUUUGCUCCGAUCGCCUACAACGGGGUCAAUGUUGGCCUAGAUCUCAAGAUAUCUCCACCACAACAAUGAUCUACGCCAAUGUGAAGAUAUGGCCGAUGUUCAUUGACAACACACAUAUACAAAUUCUUUAAUUUUGUGUUCCGUUUGUUGUUUCUGAAUUCAUAUGUAAGAUUCAACUCUGAAUGACAAUCGGCUAUCACGAACCACUUUUAUAGGCAACCAUGAACCUCCACGAAAAAUACUCGCAUGACCUGCUCAC